AAAUCACUACCUCCAGAUUCAGCUCUUUCUUUCUCACAGCAUAUAUAAAUUCUCUGGUUCUCAGUUUCCUGCCCAGUUUAAUCUUUGCAUAUUUACAGAUUCUCAUAGAGUUUUCAAAAGCAGGGAGCCAAUCUGUUUGUGAAAAAGCUUAAAUUAGAUCAGCUUUGCUUAGUGGUGCUGCAGCCAUUAAGUGCUCGAGCUUCCGUUCUUCAGAUAACUUCUGGAUGCGAUCCUGAGCUCAUAUGGCUUCAAAGCAUCACCUGUCAAGCAGUAGAGGAAGAAGUCCAGUGUCUAUAUUCAUAGUACUUGGUCUGUGCUGUUUCUUUUACUUACUGGGUGUAUGGCAAAGAAGUGGUUUUGGAAAGGGAGAUGGUUAUGCAAUAGAGAUGAAUAAGCAGCAAUUUAACUGCAAUGUAGUUUCUACUCUGGACUUUGAACCACAUCAUAAUUAUGUGCCGAAUUCGGACUCCUCUGAGCCUGUGGACAAAGUUUUCGAGCCAUGUGAUGUACGAUAUACUGACUACACUCCUUGCCAAGAACAAGAUCGAGCCAUGAAUUUUCCAAGGGAAAAUAUGAUAUACAGAGAGAGGCACUGUCCACCACAAGAAGAAAAAUUACACUGCCUUAUUCCAGCACCCAAAGGAUAUACAAUUCCUUUUCCUUGGCCGAAGAGCCGUGACUAUGUUUACUAUGCUAAUGCCCCUUUCAAAAGUUUGACAGUUGAGAAGGCUAAUCAAAACUGGGUGAAGUUUCAAGGUAAUGUGUUUAAGUUUCCAGGAGGAGGGACAAUGUUCCCUCAAGGGGCAGAUGCUUAUAUCAAAGAACUUGCAACUGUGAUUCCACUUUCUGAUGGCUCCAUUCGAACAGCACUAGACACUGGAUGUGGAGUUGCAAGCUGGGGGGCUUACAUGCUGAAGAGAAAUGUACUCACAAUGUCAUUUGCACCAAGGGACAAUCAUGAGGCACAGGUGCAAUUUGCAUUGGAGCGAGGUGUACCCGCUAUUAUUGGGGUUCUUGGAUCAAUAAAACUUGCAUUCCCAUCAAGGGCAUUUGAUGUGGCACAGUGUUCACGGUGCCUGAUACCAUGGACAGCUGAUGGUGGCAUUUAUUUAAUGGAAGUUGAUCGAGUGCUUAGACCUGGUGGAUACUGGAUCUUGUCUGGUCCUCCAAUCAAUUGGAAGACAUAUUAUCGUACAUGGAAAAGGACAAAAGAGGACCUGAAGGCUGAGCAAUCAAGGAUUGAAGAGCUGGCUGAAUCCCUUUGCUGGGAGAAAAAGUACGAGAAAGGAGAUCUUGCCAUCUGGAAGAAAAAAAUAAACACGAAGUCUUGCAAAAGGAAAUUUGCAAAGUUUUGUGAGUCAUUGGAUGCUGAUGAUGUUUGGUAUAAGAAAAUGGAGGGAUGUGUAACUCCCUUCCCUGAGGUGAAGAGUGCCAACCAAGUAGCUGGAGGGGAGUUGAAGAAGUUUCCAGCUCGUCUUUAUGAAGUUCCACCUCGUGUAGCUAAUGGAAAUGUUCCUGGAGUCACUCCUGAAUCUUACCAAGAGGAUAACAAACUUUGGAAGAAACGUGUAAAUGCUUACAAAAGGGUAAUUAAGUUAUUUGGCACCAAUAGAUAUCGAAACAUAAUGGAUAUGAAUGCUGGCCUUGGAGGUUUCGCUGCUGCAUUGGAAUCAUCGAAACUGUGGGUAAUGAACGUUGUGCCGACUAUUGCUCAGAAUACUCUUGGUAUCAUCUACGAGAGAGGCUUAAUUGGCAUAUAUCAUGACUGGUGUGAGGGGUUCUCUACUUACCCAAGGACGUAUGAUCUACUUCAUGCUAGUGGACUCUUCAGUCUGUACCAGGACAAGUGUGAAUUUGAAGAUAUUCUCUUGGAAAUGGAUCGUAUUUUACGGCCCGAAGGGACUGUCAUUUUCCGAGAUGAAGUCGAUGCCUUGAACAAGGUUAGCAAAAUUGCUAGAGGCAUGCGAUGGGAGACGAAAAUGAUGGAUCAUGAGGAUGGCCCUUUAGUACCUGAAAAAAUACUGAUCGCAGUCAAACAAUAUUGGGUUGCUAACGGCACAUCCACAGAUGAAUGAACUUCCGAGGAUGCAAGUGAGAACUCACAAUACAAUCACAAUAGAUUGUAAAUUACAUUGCUUUGUUUGAAGAAAAUAUAAAAAUUUGAACCAUCGGACAUAGAAUGUGUAAGUUUGUAAUGUUGCAUUGCGCCUAUUUUUGGUGUAAGAAAAAUCCUUAUAUAUGGAAGGAAUUGACAAAGAAUGAACAGAUCUCCAAAUAAUACAGGAAAAUUUCCUGUGACUGUUAAUUUUGAAAUGAUGUUAGUGAACAUUAUGCCAUU